AUGGAGGGGCCUAGCAGGGACUAUGGUAUCGAGCUCACGGCAGUACCCAAGUCGCGUGCCCCGACCUAUAGCACACCCACCAAUUUCUGGGACGGUUUAAGCAACGACAAUGAGUUCCUCAUCAACCGCGACAACAAGAAAGGCUUGAAUGCCGAUGAUGUCUCCCUCCGACCUGUCUCGCUUGCACCAACGUCACAGAGCAACAGAGAGAGGAGGAAGAAGUUACAAGGAUGGAGGUUUGGUGUCACUUGCGCAGCCUGGACCGCUUUUAGCGUCUUGUUGCUUAACCUCAUCCUCACCAUAGUCGCCAUCUCGAAGUUUGGGUCAAACGGCGGAGUGGGCACGGCAUACGAGGGUAGUUGUGAGGUCGUGAAUAGCUGGACGACCUGGCUGCAUAUUCUGAUCAACGCCUUGAGCUCGAUCUUGCUGAGUGCCUCGAACUACACCAUGCAAUGUCUUUGCUCUCCGACGCGGAAGGAGAUUGAUGAAGCACAUGCCAAAGGCGAUUGGUUGGAUAUUGGCGUGGCGUCAGUGAGGAACAUUUGGCGGAUUCGCUGGACGAGACGGCUAUUGUGGUGGGGUUUGGCGUUGUCAAGUAUCCCGAUACAUCUGCUCUACAACUCUGCAAUCUUCAAAAGUCUGGGUACGAACGAGUACACCGCGGCUGUUGUCAACACGGACUUCCUCGACGGCGGCGCAUUCAACAACAGGUACAACGAAUGGCCCAAUCACUACAAUUCGACAAUCUCUUCCGACGCUUACAGCCAACUGCAAAGCAUGCAGAGUUCCUUCCAAAACAACCUGCACAACAGCUCUGCCGUGGCCAACCUGAGCAACAGCGAUUGUAUCGCGGCGUAUGGUACGUCAUUUGUCGCCGCGUACAACCAUGUUUUGAUUAUCACAAGCGAGCGAAGGAAUACUACGAAUGAUACAGUGUUCUGGGAGCAACAAACGGAGUACGACCCACAGAGUGGCGGGUAUCCUAGCUACUUCUGGAUCUGCAACGACCUCUCGGUAAGCUCAUACCAGGAAUCAUGCGACAUACCCACCGCGAGAAAGAAUGCUACGAACUGGACUGUUAAUGGUGCCAAAAUUGAAUACUGUCUUGCCGCAAUCACUCCACCUCAUUGCAAGCUGCAGUUCAGUGUACAAAUCCUCGUCACGGUGAUUCUUAUGAACGCCGCGAAGAGUCUUUGCAUGUUCAUGACACUUUACAGGCAAAGGGAGUCAACGUUGGUCACUAUUGGAGACGCAGUAAGCAGUUUCCUUGAACGGCCAGACGAGCUGACCAAAGGUCGUUGCUUGAUGGCCAAGGUCGAUGUCGAGGAGGGACCGUUACGCUGGCGUCUGCGUACCCAUAAGCAGGAGUCUUUAGACACUAAUGCCGUGAUACGACGAUUCUUUGGUCAAGCUCCUCCGGAACCUCCCAACCUCAAGCCUCCCGCGGUCACCUACUACGCACCACUCAGACGCCGAUGGUUCGCUGGUGCAAGUAUCAAACGAUGGGUUAUCACCAUGGGACUUUGCUUAGUCGCCUUGAUCACAGGUGCCAGCUUACUUGGAGCUGGAGCGUCUAACAUCGGGCAGUACUUGGGCACAGGCUCCUCGGUCUUUGACCUUGGCUUUGGCGCCGUUGACUCACGAGCCCUGCUCAGUGUUGGACUGCCUCAGGACGGAGCCGGCGGUCUUGUCACGGCCGUUUUGCUUGCAAACUUGCCUCAAGCUGUCGUCAGCUUCUUGUAUCUCACCUACAACGGCUUGUUGACAUCGAUGUUGUUAUGCCAUGAGUAUAGCAAAUACGCCAUGGAUGGUCGACGGAAACCACUCCGUGUGACGACGUCACAUGGCCAACAGCGCUCCACCUAUUACCUCAACUUGCCGUAUACGUACAGUAUACCACUGUUGAUAGCGUCGGGCACGCUACAUUGGUUGAUCAGUCAAAGCAUCUUCUUGGCACGAUUAAACGUAUACGGAGGUCAGGGGAGCGACCAGGCAGAGUACUCGGAGAUUGGGUAA